AUUUUAAUUAAACAAAAUGACUGGACGUGGAAAGGGUGGAAAGGGAUUGGGAAAGGGAGGUGCUAAGCGUCACAGGAAGGUUCUUCGUGAUAAUAUCCAAGGUAUUACUAAGCCUGCGAUUCGUCGUUUGGCUCGUCGUGGUGGUGUAAAACGUAUCUCUGGAUUGAUUUACGAAGAAACUCGAGGUGUAUUGAAAGUCUUCCUAGAAAACGUUAUUCGUGAUGCAGUAACUUAUACUGAACAUGCUAAAAGAAAGACUGUCACGGCUAUGGAUGUCGUGUAUGCAUUGAAACGCCAAGGACGUACUCUUUAUGGUUUUGGAGGUUAAUUUGUCAGAAGUGCAUAAAAUCAGCAGUGUUUGGUCAUCAUCUCAUUUUAAAAAAACCGUUAAAACGGCCCUUUUCAGGGCCACUAAAUUUUUCAACGAUAACGAACAAAUUCAUCUCUUUAUCUCAUAUAAUUAUCUAAUUAUUUAUUAAAGAAUCAUCUUAAAAUAUAUGAACAAACUAAAAUAACAAGAU